AUGCCUGGAAUUGGCCCUGUCUGUGUCAAAGCUUGUGUGGAAAGCGUCACCUCCAAGAACCUUCUAGAACUCUGUCUGCAUAUCAUGUUGGCUGAUCUGGCUUUCUAUGUUGAUGAUAUGGUGACCUUCCCAGAGGUGGCUGUGUGCUUCUCCCCAGAUGAGUGGCCAUGCCUGGAUGCCUCUCAGAGGAAGCUCUACAGAGACGUGAUGCUGGAGACCUACGAGCACCUGCGGGCUACAGGGCAUCAUCCUGAGAAGCCUGUGCUGAUUUCUUGGUUGGAAGGAGGAGCCCUGGGGAGGCAUCAGAGAGACAUGUUUGUCGCAGAAGCAAAGCCAGAGUUCUAUCCAUGUCCCUUCUGCUCUCUUGCCUUCUCCAUCCCGAACUUCCUCACUCGUCACAUGAAACUUAGCCAUCCCUCUGGGAUAUUUCCUGGAACAUCCUCAAGAAAGCAUCCUGAAUCAGAGAAGUCUUGUCCACGUGAACAGAAUCAAGGGCAGCAACAUUCUGAUCCAUUUAAUGACAAAGUUGACGAACCAAGGAAUGACAUACAUGAAAAUCAAAAGCAGAAAGAAAGCUCCAUACCUUUGGCUAAGAAGAUAAGGCAUAAAAGAAUUUCAGCAACCAUUUCUAGACUAAAAAGCAGUAAAAGACGGAGCUCUAAUAAACAUGAGAUGGCAAUUCAGGAAGAAACGCUCACAGGGCCCAAAGCAAAUCCAAAGGACACAGGCAGCUUCAAAGAUGGAUCAAAUCUCGUCACCCACCAGAGGACUCAAACAAAGGAGAAGACCUAUAUUGGCAGGGACUGUGGGCGAGGCUUCAGUGAGAGGUCAAAACUCAUCAGCCACCAGAGAGAACCCACUGGGGAGAAUUCCUACGUUUGCAAGGAGUGUGGAAAAGCCUUCACUCUGAGUUCAAAUCUCAUCAGACACAAGUGGACACACUCAGGAGAGAAGCCCCACAUUUGCAGUGUGUGUGGGCGAGGUUUCAUUCAGAGGUCACAGCUCAUUAGUCAUCAGAGAGGACAUACAGGGGAAAAGCCCUAUGUUUGCCAGGAGUGUGGGAAAGCCUUCCGUAUGAAUUCACAUCUCAUCAGACACCAGAGGACACACUCAGGAGAGAAGCCCCAUGUUUGCAGUGUGUGUGGGCAAGGCUUAACUCGGAGAUCACAGCUCAUCAUACACCAGAGGAUACACUCAGGGGAGAAGCCCCAUAUUUGCGUUUAUUGUGGACAAGGCUUCAGUGUUAAGUCGUCUCUCAUUAGACACCAGAGGACACACACAGGGGAAAAGCCCCAUGUUUGCAGUGAAUGUGGGCGAGGCUUUAGUCAGAUAUCAGGUCUCAUCAAACAUCAAAGGAUCCACACAGGAGAAAUGCCCCAUGUUUGCAGUGAAUGUGGGCGAGGCUUUAGAGAGAGGUCAUAUCUCAUUAUACACCAGAGAAUGCAUUCAGGGGAGAAGCCCUAUAUCUGUAGGGAUUGUGGGCGAGGUUUCAUUAACAGGUCAUAUCUCACACAACACCAGAGGACGCACACAGGGGAGAAGCCCUAUGUUUGCAGGGAGUGUGGGCGAGGCUUCAGUCAGAAUUCACUACUCAUCUUACACAAGAGGACACACACAGGAGAGAAACCCCAUGUUUGCAGUGUGUGCGGGCGAGGCUUCAGUAGGAGGUCACAGCUCAUCACACACCAGAGAAUACAUACAGGGGACAAGCCCCAUGUUUGCAGGGAAUGUGGGCGAGGCUUCAGUGACAGAUCAUGUUUCAAAAAACACCAGAUGACACACACAGGGGAGAAGCCCCAUAUUUGCAGGGAGUGUGGGCAAGGCUUUAGUCAGAGAUCGCAGCUCAUCUCACACCAGAGGACACACACAGGAGAGAAGCCCCAUGUUUGCAGGGAGUGUGGGCAAGGCUUUAGUCACAAGUCAAAUCUCAAAAUACACCUGAGAAGACACACGGGGGAAAAGCCCUAUGUUUGCAGAGAAUGUGGGCGAGGCUUUACAGUAUGUUCAGCUCUCAAGAUACACCAGGGGACACACACAGGGGAGAAGCCCCAUAUUUGCGGGGAGUGUGGGCGAGGCUUCAGUCAGUUGUCAGGUCUCAUCAAACACCAGAGGGGACACAUAAGGGAGAUGCCCCAGGUUGAUGCACUGGGGACUAAUGAAUGGUAAU